GGCGUCACGAUGACCACACGAGGUUAGAGUGCAUGAAAAAACACACGUGGGUUGUCUUGUCAGACUCAGAACGCCGACAAAUCUAUUUUAAAAUACCCGCUAGUAGUUUCGUCCAUUCUUUUAUUCAGUGUUUUAGACGCACAUGUUUUAGGUAAUAUCAAAACUGAUAAAGAUAUUGAGCUGAAGCAUGGAAUAUUUGCCGGACUCUAACGCCAGAUAUAAAGAUGUGGACUACUGGAAUGAGCGGUACCGGACGGAGGAGAGCUUCGAGUGGUUCGGAGACUUCACUAAAUUUGAACAUCUUCUCAAACAGCAUGUGGGAACUGAAGAAAACGUUUUGAUGUUGGGUUGUGGAAACAGUGCUCUGAGCUAUGAUAUGUACCAGGCUGGCUACACCUCCAUCACUAACGUGGAUUACUCUAGCGUUUGUGUGGAGAGCAUGGCGGAGAGACACAAGGACUGCACUCAGCUCAGUUGGUUGUGCAUGGACGCCCGUCGACUGGCCUUCCCUGAUGGUGUGUUUGAUGUGGUUUUGGAGAAGGGAACUCUGGACGCCAUGCUGGUGGAGGAGACCGACCCAUGGAAGGUCUCUGAGAAGGCGGCACAACUGCUGCACCAGGUUCUCUUGGAGGUCAGUCGUGUUUUGAAACCUGGAGGCCGUUUCAUUUCGGUUACAUUUGCGCAGCCACAUUUCCGUAAGAGACUCUAUGCUCGAGCAAAGUACGACUGGUCUAUCAAGCACUAUCACUAUGGCAGCAGCUUCCACUACUUCCUGUAUGUUCUCACCAAAGGGGAGGAGCUUAGCCCAGAGGAUGCUGCAUUGGAGAGAAGACUGCUUGAGGAAACUGAGGCUUCACCAACUGAUGUAAAAUUUCAGGAAGUGGAUUCUGAGGACUUCCUGAAUAACAUUGGAUUAUAAGGACUUGUACAGUAUCUGUCAAUCAAGAGACUGCUGACUGAAGUUGUACAUACUUUUAAUUUUUUAUGCUCCUACCCUCUAACGGAUUUGUUUACCCAAAAAUGAUGAUUCUUUCUUUUAAUCAUUUACUCACUCAUGUUGUUCCAAAUUCAUAUGAAUUUAUUUCUUCUGUGGAACAAAACAUUAAAUGUUUUUCUUUCUUU